GCGCGCGGGAGCCCGAGAGGAGCCAUGGCCCCAGGCUGCGCGCGCCUCUGGGUCCUGGUGCUGCUGGGCGCCAGCUGCACGGGCUGGGGGAGCUGGGGGAGCUGGGGGGCCGAAGCGGCGCGGCUCAGGCAGUUCUACGUGGCUGCUCAGGGCAUCAGCUGGAACUACCGCCCUGAGCCCACCAACCCCAGCUCAAAUACUUCCUUUAAGAAAAUUGUCUACAGAGAGUAUGAACCAUAUUUUCAGAAAGAAAAACCACGAUCCAAAAUUUCAGGACUUCUUGGGCCUACUCUAUAUGCUGAAGUUGGAGACAUCAUAAAAGUUCACUUUAAGAAUAAGGCAGACAAGCCCAUAAGCAUCCAUCCUCAAGGAAUUAAAUACAGCAAAUUCUCAGAAGGUGCUUCUUACUCUGACCACACAUUCCCUAUGGAGAAGAUGGAUGAUGCCAUAGCUCCAGGACAGGAAUACACCUAUGAAUGGCAUAUCAGUGAGGACAGCGGGCCCACACACAAUGACCCUCCAUGCCUUACACACAUCUAUUACUCCUAUGACAAUUUGAUACAGGACUUCAACUCUGGGCUGAUUGGGCCUCUGCUUAUUUGUAAGAAAGGCACCCUCACUGAGAAUGGGAUUCAGAAGAUGUUUGACAAACAACAUGUGCUGAUGUUUGCUGUGUUUGAUGAAAGCAAGAGCUGGAGCCAGUCAUCAUCUUUAAUGUACACAGUCAAUGGCUAUGUGAAUGGGACAAUGCCAGAUAUCACAGUUUGUGCCCAUGACCACAUUAGCUGGCAUCUGAUUGGAAUGAGCUCUGGGCCAGAACUGUUCUCCAUUCAUUUCAAUGGCCAGGUCUUGGAGCAGAAUCAUCAUAAGAUCUCAGCCAUCACCCUUGUCAGUGCUACAUCCACUACUGCAAACAUGACUAUGAGCCCACAGGGAAGGUGGAUCAUAUCUUCUCUCAUCACAAGACAUUUUCAAGCUGGGAUGCAGGCUUACAUAGACAUUAAAAACUGUGCAAAGAAAACCAGGAAUCCUAAGAAACUGACUCGUGACCAGAGGCGGUACAUGAAGAGGUGGGAAUACUUCAUUGCUGCAGAAGAAGUCAUUUGGGACUAUGCACCUGUAAUACCAGCAAAUAUGGACAAAAAAUACAGAUCUCUGCAUUUGGAUAAUUUCUCAAACCAAAUUGGGAAACAGUAUAAGAAGGUUGUCUACAAACAGUACCAAGAUGAGUCUUUCACCAAGCGUUUGGAGAAUUUGAAUAUCAAAGAAGAUGGGAUCUUGGGCCCUGUUAUCAGAGCCCAGGUCAGAGACACACUCAAAAUCGUGUUCAAAAAUAUGGCCAGCCGUGUCUACAGCAUUUACCCUCAUGGAGUGACCUUCUCUCCUUAUGAAGAUGAAGUCAACUCUUCCUUCACUUCAGACAAUAACACCAUGAUCAGAGCAGUUCAACCAGGGGAAACCUAUACUUAUAAGUGGAACAUCCUAGAGUCUGAUGAACCCACAGAAAAUGAUGCACAGUGCUUAACGAGACCAUACUACAGUAAUGUGGACGUCACAAGGGACAUUGCCUCUGGGCUGAUUGGGCUACUUCUAAUUUGUAAGAGCAGAUCCCUGGAUAAGCGAGGCAUACAGAGGGCAGCAGACAUUGAGCAGCAGGCUGUGUUUGCUGUGUUUGAUGAGAACAAGAGCUGGUACAUUGAGGACAAUAUCAACAAAUUCUGUGAAAAUCCUGAUAAGGUGAAACGUGAUGACCCCAAGUUUUAUGAAUCAAACAUCAUGAGCACUAUCAAUGGCUAUGUGCCCGAGAGUAUACCCACACUAGGAUUCUGCUUUGAUGAUACUGUCCAGUGGCACUUCUGCAGUAUAGGGACCCAGGAUGACAUUUUGACCAUUCACUUCACUGGGCAUUCAUUCAUCUAUGGAAAGAGACAUGAAGACACCUUGACCCUCUUCCCUAUGCGUGGGGAAUCUGUGACUGUCACAAUGGAUAAUGUUGGAACUUGGAUGUUAACUACAAUAAAUUCCAGUCCAAGAAGCAAAAACCUAAGGCUGAGAUUCAGGGAUGUUAAGUGUAUCCGGGAUGAUUAUGAAGACUCCUAUGAGAUUAUAUAUGAAUCUCUAGCACCUACAGUCAUGACUACCCGGAAAAUGCGUGAUUCCCCAGAAGACAAUGGUGAUGAGAAUGAUGCUGACUAUGAUUACCAGAACAACCUGGCUUCAUGGUUAGGAAUUAGGUCAUUCAGAAAUUCAUCACUUAAUCAAGAGGAAGAUGAGUUUAAUCUUACUGCCCUAGCUCUGGAGAACAAUUCUGAAUUCUAUCCUCCAAAUACCGAUACAGCUCUUAAUUCCAAUUCUUCUUCCUUACGUAAUUUUAGCAGGCUUAUUGUCUAUAACUUUGCAAAACCUCAGAAAACUCUUCCUCACCCAGAAGCCACCACAGCUGGUCCCCCUCUGGGACACAUUGGCUUAGACAAGAACUCAGUUCUCAACCAUUCCACGGCAGAGCAUUCCAGCCCUUAUUCUGAAGAUUCUAUGGAGGAUCCUCUGCAGUCAGAUAUCACAGGGGUAAAAUUACUUCCACUUGAUGCAGAAGGAUUCAGGAAUCAAGAACAUGCUAGGCAUAAGGGAGGAGAGCACACAGCAAAGCACAAGUUCUCCCAGGUGGGAUUUUCAGCACCUAAACCUGGGAGACAUUUAAGCCAAGGCAACUCUUCUCCUUCCAGAAUAGGACCCUGGAAAGACCUUCCCAAUGAUCUGUUACUUUUAAAACAAAAUAAUCCAUCUAAGAUUUUGAAUGGGAAAUGGCAUCUUGUUUCUGAGAAAGGUAGUUAUGAAAUAGUCCCAGAUGCUGAAGACAUGGCUGUUGAUAAGCUGUUGGACAGCCCCCAGAAUACAUCAAAGUCUUGGGGAGAAAGCAUCCCACUCUCAAACAAGCACAGAAAGCAGAGUGGUUACCCAAAAUUUUCUGGAGUUAGAAAUAAAACUCUACAAGUAAAAUGGGACAGAGGAAAUGGUGGAUUGAAGAAAAGCCUUUUUCUCAUUAAGACACGAAAAAAGAAAAAAGAACAGAAGCUUGCACACCCUAUUCCUCUAUCUCCAAGGAGCUUCCAUCCUCUAAGAGGAAAGGCCAAUACCACAUUUUCAGACAGGAGACUUGAUCAUUCAUCAUUACUCCAUAAAUCCAAUGGAAGAUCUUUUCCUGCAGGCCUCAAUCAGACAUUCCCCUCUAUGAAUCUUACCCUGUUAGCCUCACUUCCUGACCAUAAUCAGAAUCCCCCAAAUGACACCAGUCAAACAAGCUCCCCUUUAGAUCUGUAUCAGACAGUACUCCCAGAAGAACACUAUCAAACAUUCCCUAUUCAAGACUCUAAUUCAAUGCACUCCACUGUGGACUCUAGUCACACGUCUCCCCCAGAGCCUGGCCAGAUGCAGGACUAUGACCUAAGACACGAGCCCUUCCCUACUGACAUUGGUCAAAUGUUCCCCUCCUUGGAACCUGAAGCCUGGCAGGCAACCAUCUCUGCAGAUCUCGACCAAACAACCCUUUUUCCAGACCUCAGCAAGACAACCCUUUCUCCAGACUUCGACCAAACAACACUUUCUCCAGACCUCGACCAGACAACCUUUUCUCCAGACCUUGACCAGACAACCUUUUCUGCAGACCUCAGCCAGACCACCCUCUCUCCAGACUUUGACCAAACAAUGCUUUCUCCAGACCUCGACCAGACAACCUUUUCUCCAGACCUCAGCCAGACAACCCUUUCUCCAGACCUCAGUAAGACCACCCUUUCUCCAGACUUUGACCAAACAACACUUUCUCCAGACCUCGACCAGACAACCUUUUCUCCAGACCUCGACCAGACAACCUUUUCUCCAGACCUCAGCCAGACAACCCUUUCUCCAGACCUCAGCAAGGCAACCCUUUUUCCAGACUUUGACCAAACAACGCUUUCUCCAGACCUCGACCAGACAACCUUUUCUCCAGACCUCGACCAGACAGCCUUUUCUUCAGACCUCAGCCAGACAACCCUUUCUCCAGACCUCAGCAAGACAACCCUUUUUCCAGACUUUGACCAAACAACACUUUCUCCAGACCUCGACCAGACAACCUUUUCUCCAGAUCUCGACCAGACAACCUUUUCUCCAGACCUCAGCCAGACAACCCUUUCUCCAGACCUCAGCAAGACAAUCCUUUUUCCAGACUUUGACCAAACAACACUUUCUCCAGACCUCGACCAGACAACCUUUUCUCCAGACCUCGACCAGACAACCUUUUCUCCAGACCGCAGCCAGACAACCCUUUCUCCAGACCUCAGCAAGACAACCCUUUCUCCAGACUUUGACCAAACAACGCUUUCUCCAGACCUCGACCAGACAACCUUUUCUCCAGACCUUGACCAGACAACCUUUUCUCCAGACCUCAGCCAGACAACCCUUUCUCCAGACCUCAGUAAGACAACCCUUUCUCCAGACUUUGACCAAACAACGCUUUCUCCAGACCUCGACCAGACAACCUUUUCUCCAGACCUUGACCAGACAACCUUUUCUCCAGACCUCAGCCAGACAACCCUUUCUCCAGACCUCAGUAAGACAACCCUUUCUCCAGACUUUGACCAAACAACGCUUUCUCCAGACCUCGACCAGACAACCUUUUCUCCAGACUUUGGCCAGACGAUCCUUUCUCCAGACUUUGAUCAGAUUCUCCUUUCCCCAGACCUCAGCCAGGCAACUCUCUCUCCAGACAUUAGUCAAACAGCCCUUCCUCCUGAUCUCAGGCAGACAUCACUUCCCCUAGACCUUGAUCAGACAUCCUACACCUCUGAAUCUAGUCCAUCAAUUCUUCUUCCAGAAUUUGGUCAGACUUUGCCUUAUCCAGACCUUGGUCAGGUGCCAUCUCUCACACCAUCUCCUACCCUAAAUAAUGCUUUUCCACCAGAGGAACUUAAUCCACCAGUUGUAGUAGGUCUCAGUGCAAAUGAUGGAGAUUAUAUUGAGAUUAUUCCAAGGCAGAAGGAAGAGAGCAGUGAAGAAUACUCUGCUGAAAUUGGUUAUGUGACUUAUGAUGACCCUUACCAAACUGACACUAGGACAGACAUUAACUCUUCCAGAAAUCCUGACAACAUUGCAGCAUGGUACCUCCGCAGCAACAAUGGAAACAGAAAAUAUUAUUACAUUGCUGCUGAAGAACUAUACUGGGAUUAUUCAAAAUUUGCUCAAAGUGAAGAUGUCGAUGACCAUAUACAUGCUCAAGAGAACACCGUAUACAAGAAAGUAGUCUUUCGAAAGUACCUUGAUAGCACUUUUACCAAACGUGAUCCUUUGGGGGAGUAUGAAGAGCAUCUCGGCAUUCUUGGUCCCGUUAUUAGAGCUGAAGUGGAUGAUGUCAUCCAAGUUCGUUUUAAAAAUUUAGCAUCCAGACCAUACUCUCUUCAUGCCCAUGGGCUUUCCUAUGAAAAAUCAUCAGAGGGAAAGACUUAUGAAGAUGACUCUCCUGAAUGGUUUAAGGAAGAUAAUGCUGUUCAGCCAAAUAGCAGUUAUACGUAUGUAUGGCAUGCCACCACACGAUCUGGGCCAGAAAAUCCUGGCUCUGCCUGUCGGGCGUGGGCCUACUACUCAGCAGUAAACCCGGAAAAGGAUAUCCAUUCUGGCUUGAUAGGUCCCCUUCUGAUCUGUCGAAAAGGAGUACUUGAUAAGAGCAACACACCCAUGGAUAUAAGAGAAUUCGUCUUACUUUUUAUGGUCUUUGAUGAGAAGAAGAGCUGGUACUAUAAAAAGAAAGCCCAGUCCCCAAGGUCUUGGAGACUUACAUCCUCAGAAGCAAAACACUCUCAUGAGUUUCAUGCCAUCAAUGGGAUGACCUACAACUUGCCCGGCCUGAGAAUGUACGAGCAAGAGUGGGUGAGGUUGCAUCUGUUGAACAUGGGCGGCUCCCGAGACAUCCAUGUGGUUCAUUUUCAUGGCCAGACCUUGCUGGAAAAUGGCACUCAACAGCACCAGCUAGGGGUCUGGCCCCUGCUGCCUGGUUCAUUUAAAACUCUUGAAAUGAAGUCAUCAAAACCUGGUUGGUGGCUCCUCAACACAGAGGUUGGAGAAAACCAGAGAGCAGGGAUGCAAACACCAUUUCUCAUCAUAGACAGAGAAUGUAAGAUGCCAAUGGGACUAAGCACUGGCAUCAUAGCUGAUUCACAAAUCAAGGCUUCUGAGCAUUUGGGUUAUUGGGAGCCCAAAUUAGCAAGAUUAAAUAAUGGUGGGUCAUAUAAUGCUUGGAUCCCAGAAAAACCUUCAACAGAACUUGACUCUAAACCUUGGAUCCAGAUAGACAUGCAGAGGGAGGUCGUAUUCACAGGGAUCCAGACACAAGGUGCCAAACAGUAUCUGAAGUCCUACUACACCAUGGAGUUCUAUGUGGCAUACAGCUCUGACCGGACAAACUGGCAGAUCUUCAAAGGCAACAGUACAAGGAAUGUGAUGUAUUUUGAUGGCAAUUCAGAUGCCUCUACAAUAAAAGAGAAUAAUUUUGACCCACCUAUUGUGGCUAGAUAUAUUAGGAUCACUCCAACUAGAUCCUAUAAUAGACCUGCUCUUCGAUUGGAGCUGCAAGGUUGUGAGGUUAACGGAUGCUCCACGCCGCUGGGCAUGGAAAGUGGAAAGAUAGAAAACAAGCAAAUCACAGCCUCCUCAUUUAAAAAAUCUUGGUGGGGAGAUUACUGGGAACCCUUCCGUGCCCGUCUUAAUGCCCAGGGUCGUGUGAAUGCCUGGCAAGCCAAGGCAAACAACAACAAACAGUGGUUACAAAUUGAUCUGCUCAAAAUCAAGAAAAUAACUGCGAUUGUAACACAGGGUUGCAAGUCUCUGUCCUCUGAAAUGUAUGUGAAAAGCUACACCAUCCACUACAGUGACCAGGGAAUGGAAUGGAAGCCUUACAGGCAGAAAUCCUCCAUGGUGGACAAGAUUUUCGAAGGAAAUAAUAAUGUCAAAGGACACGUGAAGAACUUUUUCAACCCACCAAUUAUUUCCAGGUUUAUCCGCAUCAUUCCUAAAACAUGGAAUCAAAGUAUUGCACUUCGCUUGGAACUCUUUGGCUGUGAUAUUUACUAGAAUUGAAUAUUCAAAGACAUAGGAAAGACUCUUAAAGUUACCAAGCCAUUUAGAGAGGGAAAUGUAUUUUAUAACUAUUUUAAAUAUUAAUAAUUUUUACUAUUUCCCUUUUUUCUAUUAGAGAAUAAAAUUUUAUAUAUGAGACUUUCACAAUGUAAACUCCUUGCUACAAUUCAGCCAGAUGAGGCUAUUAGUUCUUCAUUAAUCUGAAUAUAAAUGGGAAAAUAUCAAGAACCAAUGAGCAAAUGGCUUGUCUUUAACAAUGAUUAAAAAUGCUAUGUAAAGUAAUAUUCGUGUAGUUAGCAUGCUUCAUUAUAGUUCUUUUAAAACUUUGCAUACACUAAUAAAAAGAGAUAUUACUUUUUUGAAAA